CAGUUAAUGGGCACAGCCAGGGAUGGUUCAGUGUAUCUAUGCCAGCCCACAUCAAUCUGCAAGGGAGUUGCAGAAAAGCCUCAUGUUCAUCGAGCCGUGAGUCACAAAUGAUUUUUAAAGCUGUUAUGAAAUAUUCAAGACAGUAACUCUUUUUUUGUUUACCACACAAAGUAAUGUGCCAUUAUCAAGGUCAACAAAUUGGUAAACCUAAAUCAAGAAAAAAGAGAGAGGAUGAACCUUUUGAGAAGAAGGAUGGAUGAGUAUGAGUAUGGUUGCCUGCGAGCACUGGAGACCUCCUUUAAAACAUUUUUUUAAAGGCAAAAAAGACAUCAUUUCCUCCGUCGAGCGUUGUCUCUCUGACUGUUGUGUAUCAUCACUCACUGCAGGUAUGGGGGAAGAGCUCUUUUCCCCAUUAAAACUUUUCAACAGCGGGUUUAAAGUCCCUUCGCUGGGCUGUAGAAGAAGCUGAUCGGUACAGUAUGAGUGGAAGCUCGCAGUGUGUAUACAACUAACAUUUUCAAUUUAUUUAUUUGCUGUUCUUUUGUUUUGAUUUGUUUUUUCUUUUCUUUUCUCCUUUACUCUCUUGUGCUGUUAUUGAAAUGUCUUCUUUUUAUAUGAAAGGGGGUUUCUUUAUGGUAAACAUGCCACCUCAACAGUACAGCUGUUCUGAUUGGUAAAGGCCCCCCUUGGAGCAGCUGCCGUAGUGAUGCCAUGUCCUAAAUGUGACACAGUGAGUGUGAGAGUCAUAAGACAAAGGUAGCACCCCUCCCCUUACCCCCUUUGGCACCUGUUUCUGCCACUCCGUAGUCUUACGGACCAGGCAAACGUACAAACCUGCAGCUAUUUUGGACUCAUAUUUUCUUUUAAUUAUUAUUGCACUCACCUUUACCUACAGACAACCUCCUUAGAGUUUUACCAAACAAGUCGGAUACAUAGUGGCUGACGAAACGAAAGGGGCGUCACUGUUCUUAUAUCCCCACGCAUGUAGUUGUGCUUACUGUACUUCCUACAUAAUGAAAUUCCGUUUUUGCAAGGGGCCCCUUGUAUUAUCCUUCACUCAGUUAUGAUCUAGUCAGUGAAUGCACAAUGUAUUUAUGCCACUUUUGCAGAUACAUUUAUCCAGCAGAUUGCACACUAUCUCAUUGACACUCUCACAGUCUGAUGUAGGAUAUUUGUUUCUAGAUUCCUUAAAGUAGGUUCUGCUCUCUUAUUGACCCAGCAGCCAGCUAGUCAGCUGAUGUAAGAUAAAGGGAACUCCUGUCCUGUCUUGUCCUGUGCUUCCCUCCGGGGACCCAGCCUGCCUGACAAGCUCUGGCGGCUGAAUGUGACCCCCUGUUGUGUGACGAGACGCGCCAGCGGGUUAAGUUCACAGAUGAGCGUGUCUGCAAGAGCCACCUGCUGAACUGCUGUCCUCAUGACAUUCUCUCUGGAACCCGUAUGGAUUUGGGCGAAUGUUCCAAAAUUCAUGACCUUGCCCUGCGGGCUGACUAUGAGAUUGCCUCCAAGGAGCGUGACUUGUUUUUUGAGCUUGAUGCUGUGGACCACCUGGAGUCCUUCAUCGUGGACUGCGAUCGCAGGACGGAACUGGCCAAGAAGAGGCUAGCGGAGACGCAAGAGGAGAUCAGCGCUGAGGGGGCAGCCAAGGCGGAGAAGGUCCAUGAACUGAACGAAGAGAUCGGGAAACUGCUGGCAAAGGCGGAGCAGCUGGGUGCCGAGGGCAACGUGGACGAAGCUCAGAAAGUUCUACAGGAAGUAGAGAAAGUGCGCACCAAAAAGAAGGAUGCAGAGGAGGAAUACAGGAACUCUAUGCCAGCGUCCAGCUUUCAGCAGCAGAAGUUGCGGGUAUGCGAGGUGUGCUCUGCCUACCUGGGACUUCAUGACAACGACCGUCGCCUUGCCGACCAUUUUGGAGGGAAGCUGCAUCUGGGCUUCAUCCAGAUCCGAGAGAAACUGGAGCAGUUGAAGAAGACAGUCCUGCUGAAGCAAGAGAGAAGGAACCAGGAGAGGUUGAAGAGAAGAGAGGAGCGGGAACGCGAAGAGAGAAUGAAGAAGAGGACCAGAUCACGUAGCCGUGAACGCAGAAGGUCCCGUUCCCGUGAAAGGCGCAGGAGGCACUCUCGAUCAGGCUCUCGUGAAAAGCGCCGCUCCCGCUCACGUUCCCGAGAUCGUGAGCGCCGCCGCCGACACCGGAGCCGAUCCAGGUCGCACCACCGGCAUAAGUCAUCUCGCGACCGGGACCGUGAGCGCUCCUCCCGAGACCGCUCGUCACGAGAGCCGUCAUCCCGCGACAGAUCACGCGACCGGGAUCGGAGACGCAGCUCGUCUGAGCACCGCCAAGACGGCAUGAACGGCAGGAUGGACCGUCGCGACGACCGAGAGACAGGCGAGGUCUGAUCGACGCUCUGCGAGUGGAGAGCACCACUCGGAAAAACACAAGUGCUAACCAACCGUGGAUGACCAGCCCCUCUCCCCUCGCAUACAUGCACGCACGCGCACACACAGAUGCCUGCAGCGAUGGGAUGUUCCUUCUGCCCCGCCCUUUCUCUCACUCCGCUGAUUACAUACCCAUUUAAUAAUAAUAUUUUCCAGUUCUUUUAAUGCUGCCCCUGUCUGUAACUUGCCAACCUACAAACAUAUGGUGCGGGUGUAGAUCGGUGUUUGUUCAGUUCUACAUCAGUUCUACAUGAUACAUGAGCUAACAGAUGUUUUCGUAAAAAAAUGAGUUUGUUGUUCCAGAUUAGACCAUCUUCCUUUUUUCAACAUUUCAAUCACUGUUCGCUGUUCAAUUCCAUUUUAGUGUUUUGGAUCCAAAACCUUAUUCACCUUGUUGCGUUUUCGUUUUUUUUUUUUUUUUGUCCUGAAAAAUGAAUGAGUAGGUUUUAAGAUAACUGGAGGGACGUAAAAGAAAAAAACUUAAAGGACCACAUGACUUUUGUUUUGUUUUAUCUGUGUAAAGUCAAAGGGGACAUAGGAAGAAAAAACAUUUUUCGCUGUAAAGUUUAUGGAUAUCCUGCCAGUACCAGUGAUCAUAGCACAGGACAGAUAUGUGUAUCAUAGACCCUGUAGGCUUAAGAUGAAGCAAAUAAACUAUGAACAUGUAUGUA